CUGGGUCGCCCUCACCAUUGAGAGGCCAACUCUCUCUGUCUCUGAUCUCUUCUGUUUUCUCUUCGUUCCCUUACAUGUCAAUCCAAAGCUCCAGCAUCUUCCAACAUCAAUCAGGAAGCUCGGUCGUCUCCUUCUCCCUCUUUUAAGUCAGUCGUCAUGGAGGGAGACCGUACCUUCCCACAGCAGCAGCAGCAGCUGUCCGCACCGCCGUCCCCGGCACUGCAAAAGCCACCGGGAUACAAGGACCCGACCGGUUCUCCGGCGCCGGCAACGCCCUCUAGGCCGCCGCCAAGGCCAGCCAAGAAACCUCCUCUCCCGCCGGCGUUCCGCAAGAAGAGCAAGCGGAGCUGCUGCCGCUGCUGCUGCUGCUGCCUCCUCUUCAUCUUCCUCUUCAUCCUGGUGGCGGCCAUAGUGCUUGCUGGCGUCUCCGGCGCGGUCUACCUGUGGUACAGACCGUCGCUGCCUGUGUUCCACCUGCAGUCCCUGAAAGCGCGGGACUUCGACGUGGUGGUGGGGCCGGACGGGGCGACGGUGAGCGCGGACGUGGCGGCGAAGGUGCAGGCGACGAACAGCAACGAGAAGGUGGAGUUGCACUACGGGACGACGCGGUGCAAGGUGGUGGAGCCGGGAGGAGUGGGGCUGGGGGAGGCGACGGCGCCGGGGUUCUUGCAGGGCAGCGGAAACGUGACGGUGAUGGGGUUCACGACGACGGUGAGGAGGCUGGAGGUGGACGACGAGGUGGGACAGAGGCUGAAGAAAGGGGUGGCGACGAAGGCGCUGGCGCUGGGAGUGGAGCUGCGGACGACGGUGGGGAUACAGGCGGGGAAGGUGAGGACGGGAAGGGUGCAGGUUCUGGUGGCCUGCGGCCCCGUUCCCCUCCGGCGUCUCGACGCCGGCGACACCCCCAAGUGCAAUAUCCGGGUCUUCAACUGGUUUACUUUGCCAUAGAUGAUCGCGCACGUCAGUGGACACUGGGGAGAUGGGCGAGGUGUCGCCUAACGUUGGUUUACAUGGUGGACGUUCUGGUUAGCUAUAGGCGACAGAAGCUGAGAAAGUGUAAUAGAAAGUAGAGAGGGAUUCUUGAUUUGUUAUGCCCUUUUUCAUUUGUGGAAUGUACUCUAAUUGAACUUUAUUCAUAUCACAUGCUUAUUGAAACUGCUUAUAAUUCAAGUGCAUAUGUAAAUCAUCAAUAGUCUUUUUGGG